AACGUUUACUCUGAAACGUCGUUGCCUUGAAGCCACACCGGAAGUGGGCAACCGUCUUGAUUUGAAACGCCAUCCGAUGUCCCCAGUCAAAUCUGGUUGGUUUCGACAUAAAGACUCGGGUGGUAAAGAAAGCGAUUGUUGAGGGAAAUUAAUAUUUUUCGUAGUUGAUUCAACGUUGUGUGGUAGAGCGCGACCGGGCCGAGGAGUGUCGUUCGCCCGUUUCGGGGCCUGCGGGAAGUAGCUAACGUAAAGCGUCUAACGUUGACGUAAAUACGCUGACGUAAAGAAGCUAGCAUGUCGGCGGAAGAAGGUCCUCGGGUUGUGUUGUCGUGUGGAGGCGGGACGUCAUCGCUCUGAUCUCGGGGGAAGAAGCUCGAGUUCCGCGGCACUCUUACAUGGACGCUGGGCUGCCCAACCGUGCCAACAAUUGUCUCGUACUGUUGAACAGCGGCCGUUAGCUCCACUUCACAGCACCCCGGCCAUGGCGGACAGCGUCGGACCGGAGUCCAUCGGCGACUCCCUCGCUUCUGGCGGCACCUCCGCCCUCAUGCUGGCCGACUCCCUGGCGGGCGGACAGCCGAGCGAGGGCGACCAGGUCGGGCUUGGUCCCGGGGGCUUGCCGGCGGAUGGUGUGGCGGCGACGGCCACGGACUUCUGGAACGCUUUCGGCUUGAUUCCACCGGCCGUGACCGCCAACGUGCACUCGCCGUCUCUCCCGCAGGGUGUCGGUCAGGCGGCGGGUGCAGGGGCAGGACCCGGGCCCCUCACGCAGGUCUACGCCGCCACCUGGGACCCGACCCGGAGCACCGACUGGGACAACGACAAGACUUCACAGCCUGCUAUUUUAAGAAUAAAGAGGGACAUCAUGUCCAUCUACAAGGAGCCUCCGCCAGGAAUGUUUGUGGUCCCUGAUCCUCAAGACAUGACCAAGAUCCACGCCUUGAUCACAGGGCCCUUUGACACGCCAUAUGAGGGCGGCUUCUUCCUCUUCUUGUUUCGAUGUCCCCCCGACUACCCCAUCCACCCGCCACGCGUCAAGCUCAUCACCACCGGCCAGAACACGGUCCGCUUCAACCCCAACUUCUACCGCAAUGGCAAAGUCUGCCUCAGCAUCCUUGGAACCUGGACAGGACCAGCAUGGAGUCCGGCUCAGAGUAUUUCCUCAGUCCUCAUUUCCAUCCAGUCUCUGAUGACGGAGAAACCGUACCACAAUGAACCGGGCUUUGAGCAGGAGCGCCACCCAGGGGACAGUAAGAACUACAACGAGUGUAUCCGCCAUGAGACCAUGAGGGUGGCUGUGUGUGACAUGCUGGAAGGCAAGGUUCCUUGUCCUGAAGCUCUCUGGAGUGUGAUGGAGAAGUCCUUCUUGGAAUAUUACGACUUCUACGAGGGUGUGUGCAGGGAGAGGCUGCAUCUACAAGGACAGAACAUGAAGGACCCGUUCGGAGAGAAGCGAGGUCGUUUCGACUAUCAGCGCCUCCUGGCCCGCCUGGGCGUUGUCCACCGGCGAAUACGGGAGAAAUGCGUGAUGAGCGACGACAACGACUCGGACUCGGACACCAGGUCUUCGGAGACGGACCCAGACAGUCAGGGUAGCUCUCAACCCUGAUGGAUGGCAGCCAAUCAAUACGUUAUUGAUUGAUGGAGGCGCUGGUUGUCCGCAGAGCAGACAAGAACUUAAGAAGGACAUGUGGACUUGGACUAGCAGACGCAUGGAGGAUCAAUGGAUCAAUACAGUAGCACUCCCAGUUUUUCAUGCUAAUACCAGAAUCAAUCAAUCUAUAUGAACAGCUGAUUGACUAAGUUGAUCAUUCUUAUGAGAGUCUCAACGAUCAAUAAGCGGUUCCAGUCUGACUAAUCAAUAUGAUCAAUAUUACACAAAGUGAUCAACUUUUUUGACACUUCAUCAAAACAAGUACGACAUUAAAAGUUGUCCUUGGCCCAAAUGUAAUCAAUCAAUCAAAUAGAUAAAUAAAUAGGACAUGUCAGAUCAAUAAUGGUAAGACCAAGUAUCAAUAUCAAUCUUUUCCCUCAUAAGCAAUAAUGAACUUAGUCUUGUGCAGGUUUACAGUCUUUGUUCUUUUUCAUGGCAUUGUUUUGUGGAGGUCUACAGUCUUGACAGUCUUUGGUUUUUCUCAAGGCAUAGUCUUGUGCAGAUCUACAUUCUUUGUCAUGGUGUAGUCAUGUGCAGGUCUACAGUCUUGACAGUCUUUGGUCUAUCUCAUGGCGUAAUCUUGUGCAGGUCUACAGUCUGACAGUCUUUCUCAUGGCGUAGUCUUGUGCAGGUCUACAGUCUGACAGUCUUUCUCAUGGUGUAGUCUUGUGCAGGUCUAAAGUCUCUCACAGCGUAGUCUUGUGUAGGUCUACAGUCCGACACUCUUUCUCAUGGCGUAGUCUUGUGCAGGUCUACAGUCUGACAGUCUUUGGCACGGCGUAGUCUUGUGCAGGUCUACAGUCUGACCGUCUUUCUCAUGGCGUAGUCUUGUGCAAGUCUACAGUCUGGUAUUUUUCGUGUUGUAGUCUUGUGCAGGUCUACAGUCUUACGUUUUUUCUCAUGGCGUAGUCUUGUGCAGGUCUACAGUCUUUGGUCUCUGUCAUAGUGUAGUCUUGUGCAGGUCUGCAGUCUUUCUCAUGGCGUAGUCUUGUGCAGCUCUACAGUCUUUCUCAAGGCGUAGUCUUGUGCAGGUCUACAGUCAGUCUUUCUCACGCGUAGUCUUUCGCAGGUCUACAGUCUCGAUAGUCUUAGUCAUGGCAUAGUCUUGUGCAAGUCUACCAUCUGACAGUCUGUCAUGGCGUAGUCUUGUACAGGUCUACAGUCUUUCUCAAGGCGUAGUCUUUUGCAGGUCUACAGUCUUUCUCAUGGCGUAGUCUUGUGCAGGUCUACAGUCUCUCCUGGUGGUCAAGCAUUGUUCUUGUUUUGAAAUGACUGUCUUCCUGGUAUUUAGCAGACAUGAAGAGUUGGGAGUGAUACUGUUUUCUCCUCAUAAGUAGCAAAGAUGGCGGCAGGCAUUCUGGACUUCUGGUCUUCUUUAAAGGGAUCUUCAUGCUGCUUGGACCGUCCAUCAGCUUCUCAAUGAUCAUUUAGUCUGGUCAAUAAGUCCAGUUGUGGAGACAAACGUCUUCUCAUGCAAACCAGUUCAAGAAAAAGAUUUGAAAUUGACAAAAAUAUUUUCAAUCAAAAACAUUUUGGUUUCAAAUCUGUUUCAGUGGUGAGUGUUUGAUUGUUUAUGACUUAAUGAAAUGUUUGAUUACAUUUUGAUGGGGGCGGGACUUAAAAAUGCAGACAUAAUAUUCAACAAUAAAAAUUAUCUUAGACUACA